UUCUUAGACAAUAUUGAGGAGAUAUUGAGGAACGUAUUGGAAAAUUCCUGGAGAAAUCAUUCAACUGAAAGCAUGGUAUAUACCUAGACCCUAGAGUAAUCUGUGAACGAUUAAAAACAUACUUCAGGAAUAACUGGAGAAACGCGUUGAUAGACGUCUGAAAAAACAAUCUGAAUUUUCAUUGGAUUCCCUAGAACAAUUCCUAACCAAAUCUCUGAUAAACAUCCUGAAAAAAUGCCCGUACGAGUUUUUGAAGGAACAUUUGGGAAAAUUUCUGAGAGCACUGGAAGAACUUAUGGAAGAAACUUUGAAAACAAAUAAUGAAAAAUUCUGACGAAAAUCCUGGAGAAACUUUCGAUGAAUUCUUUAAAUGAAUAUAUAGAAGAAAUACUUAAAUAACGCUUGGUGGAAUUUCAGAAGGAACCCUUCUGAAGUUCACCUGAAAGAAUACUUCAUGAAUGAAUUCAUGAAGAUUUUUUUUUUCAAGCCCUGGAAGAAACUCAGAAAAAAAAACCACCGGGUGAGUUUCUGAAGCAAAUCUUGAUAGAUUUAUAAACUGUAUUUCUGGAAUAAUUUCAGAAGAAAUGCAUGGAUUUAUUUUGGAAGAAAUCCUUUGAAAAAUCUAUCGAGAAUUUUGGAAGAAAACCAGAAGCUUUUCUAUAGGAUUUUUUGGAGAAAUUUUCGUUGGAUACUCUAACGAAAAUUCCGAAGGAAAUUUUACGGCAAAUUCUGAAGAAACUUGGAAGACGUUCUAAAGGAACUUCAAAAGAAACUCAUAGAAGACUGUCUGAAAGGAACUCCUGGAAAAUUGUCUGAAAGAAUCUAUGGGGCAACAUCGGAAGGAAACGAGGAAAGGUUUUGAAAAUGUUCCUCUAUUAAUUUCUGGAGUAAUCUCUAGAAAACUUUAGAAAAAUGUUUUAUAGGAAACUAAGUGUUUUCCAAACAAUUAAAAUCGGCGCGCGCCCUGAAGGGUUAAAUGAAUUCUUCGAUAACUUUCUAGAAAAAUCUUCUAAAGAAUGUUAGAAGCUAUCCAAUAUUUUCUAAAUUACUAUUUAGCGACAUUUCGGGGGAACAUCCAGUGAAAUAUUUGAAUCAAUCUGUAAGAAACUAAAGAACUAAAGUAAUAUUCUUAUGUCCAAAAAAAAUAGAAAACCAAUUCCGAAUUUCCUUCUCCAUUAAAGAACUUUUUCAUACCUUCUGGGGCGCUAAAGCUUAUUUCACUAAGAAGCUGGAAGCACAAAAACAAAGGUUGCUUUUUUCAUAUUAGCGAGGCCGCUCAUACUGGGAGUUAGAAAAGAGUUGCUUCAAGAGCUGGUUGCUAAGUGUGUAACUUGGAGUAACCUCGAUGAUACCACUGAGUGGGGCGCUCUCUUCUCCUCCCAUAAACACCUGUGUGUUAUACACACUCCGACUGGAACAGAGGAACAGAGUAUACUUCUCAGAUUUCAGAUGAAAGCUAUUUAUACCAAUACAUAUUUUUUCAUAUCUACACAGAAAAAAAUAAAUAAAAAACACCCUUUGAAGCCAAAUUUUUUCCAAGCGUUAUCAUGGAGUUUUUUCUACGUUUUUUUUUUAGUUUUGGAGGUCAAUAGCAUAAAAACGGUAGAAUAAUAUGCAGAAUAUUUUUCUGGAUAUCCUAGGUCAUCCAAACUAUCUUUGAGUUUAGAUCCUUACGUCUAUGGGUAUAACGAUAACUUCUUUCAUUAUACAAAGCUACGAUUUGUAAUCUAUCAUGUCCAGUAAGUUUUCUGAAAGUUCAAUAGAUAGUAUCAGAUCAGUCGGGAUGUCCUAGGUCAUCCAAACUGUUCUUGAGUUUAGAUCUUAAAGUCUACGGAUGUAACAGUAACUUAUUUCAUUAAAAUAUAUACGAUCCUCUACCUGCUUUGGAAAGUACAAUGGAUUAUUUAACACUACUUAACGUAGUGGUAAAAGCUAUUAUCACAAGUGUAGACCUGAAGAUCUGGGUUAUCUCAAAACUAUCUUGAAAUGCUCAUGAUAUGUCAGGGGAAUUACAGAUCACAGUUUUUACUGUAUUGUGAGAAUAACUACUGUUACUAUCAAGAGCUAAACUUCAGGAUAGUUUGGAUGACCCUCAAUGUCCCAGAGGAUCAUAUUAAUAAAUAGAACACUUCAGGUUGGUCCAAUCACUGCGAUUUAUUAUGAAACGUUACUCAGUAUGUCAGAUAUACUUCGAAUGAGUGUAAUCCGUUUUGUACCUUUCAAUUCCACCCUACUUGCUUAUCCCCACUGGAUAACUGACACUGAGGGAGAUUACAAGUGGUCGAAAUACGAAUAUCUGUCAAAGGAUAAGCAAUUAGGGCGGAAAUAAAAGGCACAAAACUGAUUACACUCAUUCGAAGAGAGUAUUCUGCUUAGAGGGUUCGAAAAGUCGGUACAAAAUGUCAGAUAUAGCUGAUGUUACGAUUGUAGACCUGAAGUUUCGAACUCAAUGAUAUUUUGGCUGAUCUGGAACAUUCCCAUAGUGUCUCUACAUCACAUUUAAGAUUUCAAGAGCUUCACUGAUCUCAGCGGAUUAUGCUAUGCAUAAAGGUUUUCUUACAGAUUUGAAGGACUUCAUUAUAGAACAGUUUGGACUACCCCGAAUGUCCCAAAGGUUUAUCAUAAGCCAGUAGACUUCAUAUUGCUUUAUUAACUGCGGUUGAUUUUGCAACGUUACUCAGUAUAACAGAUAUAGCUACUGUUUCGAGUAUAGACCUGAAGUACUGAACUCCAAGGUAGUUUGGCUAUCCUGGAAUAUCCCUGCAGUGUCUAUAAAUGACAUUGUAAAUGUCAAGAGCUUCACGGAUCCCAAUAGAUUAUGGAAUGCUAUUAUUUGUGACGAAAAUACAUAAAAUUAUUCUAGUAGAUUUGAAGGACUUUACUAUAGGACAGUUUGGAACACCUAGAACAUCCCAGAAUAUAAAACACCAUUUGAUAUUCUUGACGAAGGCUAAAUAAAUACAUAUAAACGUAAGCGACAUCCAAGUUCAGCUUUUAGAACAACUGGUAUGUCAUUUAUUUCAUUUUUCCAAAUUUCAUGAUGUUCAGGAUGUUCUAGGUUAUCAAUGAAGUCCCAAAUACAACUAGGGUAAUUCACCAAUUGUUGAACGGCUAGUACCGGCAGUUUUGUUUUCGGUUGUUUUUCCGUGCAUAAUUCCACUCUAUUUGAAAAAUAUCCAGUGAACGUCUAGAUCCACUCAUUCCUUAUACUUACCAUUGAAUUUGUAUUCCCUCAAAUUCCGUUUUCUAAGAGAAAAUAGAACAUUUGUAUGAGAAGCCUGUUACCCAAAUGUGGAACGCUUGCUUAAGCUAGCUUAUCCUAAUGUUGGACAAUUCUCGCUAAUUGUUGAACGGUUGAAGCUUUGUUCGUAAUUAAUGAUGUAUAACCCGAUAUAAACCUAUCAUUCACCUGUUUUUAUUUUGGGGACCAAACCCAACAUAGACCCAACAGUUAUCCGAUGUGGGUCCAACAGUGGUCCAACAUUUGAUAAAAUUUGACCCGACAUCCGAUAUUUUUUCACUCUGGCGGAAUUUUUUCCUGGUUUUUCAAGUUUUGUGCCCAGCUAGUUCCAGCUAGUGACAAUUCAUGUAAACGACAAGAAAUCGCUUAUUUGAAGAUAGCUCUAGUGGACUGAAAUCGUUUUAAACAUGACUAGAUGCAAACAUGGCUGAAAAGAUUUGAUUAGAAGCAAAAACGACAGAAGAAACGUACGCCUUUAAAAGCCCCUGAAACACUCCUGGAAACCCAUGGGACCCACUCAACCCCCAAGAACACUCAUAGAACGACCCUGAAAUGCUUUAAAAAUGCGUGGGUUGCUCCUGGAAUGCCUUGAAAUACUCCUGGGACCCCUUAACACUCUGAAUCCCUCUUGAACACCUCUGGAACGCCCUUGAAACCCAUUGAAAACCACUGGAACCUUCCUGAAGCCUGCUGGAACACCCCUGGAACAUCCCUGGAACGCCCUUCAAGCCCCAUGAAAUGCACGGCUAGGUAAAGUAAAAAAAAAUUUUGCAGUCGUAGGUUAUGCCAAUGUUCAACAAUUGGAUCAUGGAUGAAUAAUAAUAGUGCGAUAAGAAACAUUUUUUUUUAAAUUAAAUUACAAUGAAAAUGUGAUUUUAAAUAAUGUUAAACUGUUAAUGACAUCCUUCCAGUUCUUGUAACUAUGGUGUGCCUUUGAUAUUUGUGGACGAUUUGCCCGCAAAGCUUAUUUCGGAACAGCAAUUUCUUCAAAUUAAUCAUAAGAAUUGUGCAGUUUUCUAUCACCAGCGGUACAAAAUUUUCAAUCAAUAAUUUUGACGAACAAUAUGUAUAAUUUUGAAACUUAAUUGGAGCAAUAUCGUGACACACAUGCAUAUACAUCUGCGUCAUACGUUUACGUUAAGUGAAAAUUACGUAAGUAAGAUUUAUAAUAAUAUUUUCAGAAACUGUUCAACAAUUCUCGGAUACUUAUUCAAAACGACGUAUCAACAUAGGAUUUGCGUGUAUUAUACGUCGUUUUGAAAAAAGAUCCGAGAAUUAGAGAGGACUCAAUUUGCAACAACUUUUCGGAAGACAAUAUUUUGUUUUAACGAAUGGGUGAAAUUAUUCAUCCGCUUUUAUGUCGGGGUUAUAUAUGAUCUCUCCAGCUCCAAAGGGUUAAACGGUCAGUUUUCACUUCAUUUCAUUCGAUUUUACAUGCAAUAAUUUCCUGCAUGCAAAAUUGUGAGAAAGCUCCAUACUGCAGACAACCUGCGAUUUAUAAUCGGAUGUAGAUUUGUGUUGAAAGCGAUGGAGAUCAUUUUGAUACAGCGAACUUGAUGUAACAAUUUUGAACUGUGUAUUUUCUGUGGAACAAAAGCUUCUUUGCUCAAAGAUGUCAAGGUUUUUUUACUGGAAGCGUCCCGGUGUGCUCCUAUCCGCCCUUUAAGGAUUUUUUUUCCUUCGAAAAAGGAGGUUUCCAUAUACUAUUCAAAUCACAAUUAUGGGACAAUUACAUGUGAAUAGCAUGAAGAACUGAUUGUUUAUUACCCACAAUUGGGCAAUGACUGCAAUUUAUAUGUCGACUUCGAACGGAGUCCAUUAUAGGAUAGUUUGAUCGAGAUUUAAAAUGAAUAUUUUAUGAGAAAUAUAAGGUGUUUUCGUUCGGUAUUUGUGUUUAAUAUGUAGGAAAGAUAUAGAACUUGUUGCGCAACCAUUGGUAAGUAAAGACAAUUCAAUUGUGAUAUCACAAUGUUUUUUCAGAUCAGUGUAAAUUUCAGUAACUAUAAGGGGUCCAUUAUUGGUUAAAACACCCUAAUUAAUACCUGAGAGAAACAGGAGACUGCUCACUGAUAGCCACUAUGUUUACAUUUCUUCUUCUUACUUUUAUUUCAACAAGCGGUGCGAAGUUUCAAUGAAAAUUUUUGAAUAUUUGGCUACUCCACACUAUCUAUGUGCGGUUUUCAGCUCGGUUUGCAGUGACAGUUUGUGACAGGUCCUCUUUAACAAUGGCUCACAAUCGAGGUCAGCUAUCUUCUCUCUUUCGGAGGAGAUCUAGCUAAAAGCAAAAUCCAACAAACAUCAUUGCUGUACAACAGAUGAAUAAGCCACCCUGAAGCAUGAUUUUGAAAGUUUUGGCAGAUUAUACUGUUAUUUAGCCGUGAUUGUCACUUGAGAACUAUCUUACUAGCGAACUAACUAACUGGAUUGGACAAUACAAAAAAAAAACCUCCAAUGCCUUUUGUUGCCGAGUGUUUCUGCCUGAGGAUUUUUUAUGUUACAUCAUAAUUCCUCGUUUUGAUCACGCACUUUGGAGGUUUCUAUAUUAUUUCUGGUGCCGCCUUUGACACAACGACUUGAGCACGUGCGAUUUUUCACAACUCUAACAACUCUACGCCCACCACGCUUCCCGGUUUUCCUGGUGGAAAAAAUAUAAAUCACUCGGAUUCCUUUGUUGGAACUCAGUUGAUUGUAGAGCUUCAAUCAUCUACAACCAUGCUUCGAGAGAAGCAAUACAUUACUGUUCUGUUUUUACUCGUAUUCUACAGUUUUGCUAACCUCGUCUCUGCACUGCAGCACGCAGCCACCCUCAAAAGCUUCGACGAACUACGCAUCGAGUGCUCUAAGUAUCUCCCACCGGUAGGUGCAUCCUACAACAUUGAAGACUGCUCCGAUCGAUGUCUGGGUCUGGUUGGGCGUUUCUGGAAUGAUUCCACAAGCAUAACGACGCACUCGGUCAGCCGAUUCUACCAGCCGGAUGCUUGCGAUCAGGACUACAUCGAACGAACCAAACAGUGUCUGUGCGAAACGGUCCGGAGCCUGCCCCGGAAUGCCAGCUGUCAACGGGCAAGCUGUAGUAUACAGUGUUACCAGGAUCAGUUCGGAGAGUUGAAGCAACGGAUGCCGCAAUUCGUUCCAGUUUCUAAAUUACAAAGUUCUCAAAUUAUUGGCGAGUGUGCGCAGAUACUUCAAAUAUCCGACAAGACACUGAAGCAGAUCUUGGCCGAUGGAUACGGCAACUUUGCCGAGGGUCGUUGUUUGACCCGGUGUUUUCUGGUGCGAGCUGGGUUGUACAGCGAUUGCCGUGGGCCGAAUAUUGACAGAUUUUCCAUUCAAUGUGAAGGUUAUGGCGCCAAGUAUGAGCAAAUUGUGGUCAAAUGUUAUGCUGAAUUGAAAGCGCAGGGGCUUGACAGCUGCACUUUGGCUACACGGUUCUAUGACGAGUGCAUCCAAUCCAAUGAGUACAGCAACAGCAACAUGGACAUUCCCCAAGCGAUAGGAGACAGUGUGUACGGCCUGGUCUUGACUUUAGUGGGUGGCGCCGGUUAUCUAGCAGCAGCGAUUCUUAAUGGCCUUUCUGAUGCAGGAAUACCCUAAGAAAUACCUUCCACAGAGACGAAAAUAGUAGUUUACGCAACAAGGUGCAGAAUGAAGAUUUUUACAGCACGAGUCGUACAUUUAUCCAACGAGGCUUGCCGAGUUGGAUAAUUACGACAAGUGCUGGAAAAAUCGAGUUCUGCACCGAGUUGCGUACAACGUUUUUUGCAAUUUCAUAAAUUACCGCUUGAGGAUAGUUUUUCACAAAAUGUUUCAUCAAACUGUACACUGAUGUUCAUAGCCAUGUUUAAGAAAGUCUGAUCAUAACAGGUUAUACUGUGCAUUUGUCACAUUUUUUCAGAGCUGCGUCCAGAAAUCACCAAGAAGUUGAUCAAAACUGAAAACAGUGCUGUAAUGAUUCAUUACGCAACGCAAAUCAGUGCUGUAAUGAACCAUUACAGCACUGCUAAUUUGGUGUGGGAAAGUAGGCCUUUUCCUGUCAGAUUUGCGUGAGGUAAAACAGCCUAUUACGAUGAGAAAUUGCAAAAAAUUAAAAUCCGAUGCAAAUUUGUCCCAAAUUAAACUAAAUUUUGAAAUUGAUUUUAUCCCACAUCGUUGUGUUUAUCCCACAUUCCCGAACAGAAUGAAGGAAAGAAAACAUAGUUAUAUACAUGAAAAAAGAUGUAAAACUGCUUACAUGAUUAUUAAAAACAAGAAACUGGAAGAAUAUUAAAAACAAAUUGCAGUUAUUUCUUCAGGCAUAUCUUCUGGAACCUCUCCGAGCAUAUUCCUGGAGAAAUUCUAAGACGAAUUCCUGGAGGAAUUCCGGUAAGAAUUCCAGGAGAAAUGCCGGAUAGAAUUCCAGUAGGAAUUCCGGGAAAAAUUCCAGAAGGAAUUCCUGGAAGAAUUGCAGGAGUCUGGAUGAAUUCCAGAAAGAAAUCCAGGAGGAAUUCCUGGAGGAAUUCCAGGAGGAAU